AUGCUCAGCAGCACGGUGAUUAGCUUGCUAUCGUUAGCAACCUGCCCUGCGAUUGCAGAAGAGAAUAUUGAGUCUGGCUGCAAGGCACUCAAGCAUGCCUUUCCCGACAAUACCUUUUAUCCCCACAACACAAUCUAUGAGUACGAGUCGCAAAAGUUCUGGUCCAACAAUGAGGUCCUGAACCCAGCUUGCGUCUUCCGUCCUACGAGCGCAAAGCAUGUUGCUGAAGCAGUCAAGCUAAUGGGCACCGGUCAUACAUCCUUUGGUCUACGUGGAGGCGGACACAUGGCCAUCGCAGGCGCCAAUAAUAUUGAUGGCGGUCCGCUCUUCGUCAUGUCUAAUCUAACAACUCUCGAAUUGGCCAAAGACAAAAAGUCGGUUUGGGUUGGGCCUGGCUUGGACUGGGGACAAGUUUAUCGCUAUCUGGACGAGCACAAGCUCGCUGUCGCAGGUGGUCGUCUCUCCCCAGUCGGUGUACCAGGUCUGCUUCUUGCAGGAGGUAUAAACUUCCAUGGGAACCAGCGAGGAUGGGCAGCAGAUAAUGUACUCGAGUAUGAGCUCGUGGUAUCCAGCGGCAAGAUCAUAUCAGUCACUUCAAAGUCCCAUCCAGAUCUCCUUUGGGCUCUGAAAGGCGGAUCGAGCAAUUUUGGUAUCGUUACCAAGUUCAAACUAGCCACCUUCCCAUCGGAUCAGAUUUACGCUGGCAUUUACAGUGCCGCUGACAUACCUGGGUUCUUGAAGGCUGUGGCAAAUUUCUCUGCCUUUAAUACUGAUCCACUUGCACAUAUUGUUCCUCAGGUUACUGCCGUUGAUGAGCAGACGACUAUUGGCGGUGCAAUCCUCUUCUACGACAGCGACUCAAACCCGGAACCUGAGUGCUUUCGACCAUUCUUCGACCUCCCAGCUAUUUCCAACACGUUCGAGAAAAAGACUCUUGCUCAGUUUUCGGAUGAGACUGGUCAGCUCGUCACACCCAAGAUCAACGACCAAUUCAUCGCCGGCACCACUACGGGCAAAACAUAUGAAGAGCUGCUCAAAGGCAUACAGAUCGUAAACGAUGGCUUCCUCAACGCUCUUCCCGACUUAUAUAAGGUUCUCCCCGCUAAGGACCGCGUGCUCAUCUCUGUCGACUGGCAGCCUGUAGGUUCUCUCUGGACAAAAGCCUCUAAAAAGUACAACCCCGGAGGUAAUACUCUAGGCUUGGAUGUCGAGAAGAAGGGCACGCACAUUGCUUGGGCAGAGGUUGUUGAGUGGAGUGGCGACGAGCACAACGAUGCUGUGUUCAAGUGGAUUGAGGACACGACUUGGGCAAUAGCUAACGCUACGCAGAAAGCUGGUUUGUAUGAUCCUUUCACUUAUAUGGGCGAUGCAGCUGGGUUUCAGAAUGUUUAUGGUGGCUAUGGGAAGGAGAAUAAGCAGAAGUUACUUCAGAUCUCUCGUAAGUAUGACCCUUCUCGGAUCUUUCAAAAGUAUUGGCCAGGUGGAUUCAAGAUUGGGUUGUAA